AGCAAAAAAAAAGCAAGACAGCAGCUGAUGAAAAUAAGGAAGUAAACGCUGUCGGGUCGGAGCUGGAGCCCCUAUUCUGCUGUAAAGUGAAAGUUGAUCAGUCGACAGCCCAGUAAUAGAAUUUAAGGCACAGCGGAUGUGCUAAGGAAGCUAGCCGUCAAGCUAAUACCUCCACUGAAUCUGCAUUAUCUCAAAACAAGCCUUAGACAGAAAAAAACAGAGGGGGAGAGGAAGACACAGACGAACCUAGUCCUCUGAUCCCCAGAAUUAUUAUCAGCCACCAUGGACCACAAAGGGGAACCCCAGGACGUGGGGGAGAAACAGGAGGAGCUGCCACAGAUGGACGGCUCAUGUGACGCCUGCGAGCCUGAUGAGGCCCAGCCGGCCACACAGGUGUGCCACACCUGCAGCUUUGCCUUCUGCCCCAUCCAUGCCGAGAGACAUGCCAGCAGGACACACCAUCCGCUAGUGCCUUAUAACCACGAGGGGGCACAGGCUAACGGACUUGGCACCAACACAGACUCCAGAGUUGGGGGUGAUGCAGCUGAGGGUGAGGCUGGUGCUGAGAGGGCAGCUGGGAGGGGUGCAAAUCAGGAGAUGGCGCCGCUUGGAGCGGUGGUGGCUAAUGGCGUCGAGGACGGCGAUGCUGAGGAAGGACAGGGAGCCCAGAAUGGUGUGCUGCUGGGUGAGGGCGCCGAGGGUGCAGAGGCAGGACAGGAGGCUAUGGCUGCUGGAGAGGCUGGGAAGAGGGACACUGUGACAGUAGAGAGACUGCGCUGCAAGGAGCACGGGCAGGAAGGCUCUCUCUACUGUAAACCAGAUGAGAAGAUAAUCUGUGUGGUGUGUGCUGUGCAGGGUGAGCACAGGGACCAUGAGAUCAUCACUCUGCAUGAGGCCUACGUGUGGCAGAAGAGCAGGCAAGGUUAUGACCUGCUGGGCUGCACACAACAGAUGGCUGAGAAGAUCAAGACCAAGUGGACCAACCCUGAGAUGUCCACAGAGGAGCUGGAGGCCUAUGUGAACAGCCAGUUCGACGAGCUUCGCAAAUUGGUGCGGCUGGAGGAGAAGAGGACUCUUCACCUGGUAGACCUCAAAGAGGCGUUUCUGACCGCGUCCGCCGCAGAGAAAAUCGCAGAGAUCACCGUCCAAACAGAGCGGCUGCAGGAAGAGAUGGCUAACAUCACACACCAGCUGUGCCUACUGGAACAAGCCGAGGCGCAGGCGAUAGGUCCUGCGGCGGUGGCAGAGGUCCUCGUAGCAGCACCUGGACCAGCCCACAGAGUGCUGCACGACAUUGAGGCCAGGCCAAGGCUACCAGAGCCGAGAGCAGACCCCAUAGACCUGCGGGACUUUGACGACAACGAUUCUGGACCAUCCAUGGACCACGCCCCCUGAUACUAGCUCACCAGACCCUCACUACAUCCACCUGUCCUUCAAUGUCUGUUUCAGCCAGCCUGUCAGCCCCGCUGAGCUGUCAGGCUGGCCCUCUCUCUCUCUCUCUCUCUCUCUCCCUCCCUCAGCCACCCCCACCCCACCCUACCGGCGCCGGCUGGCAGUGAACUGACCUUGAAGGAGGCCGCUGUGACAAAUAUGGAUGGCCACGUCUUCUCCGCUCUCAAACUUUUUAAAUUCCUCACAAGCUACUAACUUUCUUUAAUUGAAGCACACAAGUUACGUGCAAUCAAUUACCAUCAGGCUCAAUUUUCACAGCCAGUCAGAUCCUUGGCUUACUGGUGAGCCUGGCUGACUCAGAGAGGAAGCCUGGGUAGGCAGCCGAGCGGAGCAUCUGUUGAGCCCAACAGAUGUCAGGACUGGGAAAUUCUGAGACAUGGUGCGCUUCACUCUUCAUUUAUUCGCAAUAUCAUUUCUGUUGUUUUGACAAACACUGUGGGCACUCUCAGACGGAGAAAGGGAACAUUUGUCAGAUGCCACAUUGCCUUACGUCAUUGAGAGAAUAUAUAACUAAGGUAUUCUGGGUAUUAUAUUUUGAUUGUAAAAAAAGAAAAAAAAAAUAGAAAAAGGAAAUCUAAAUGUCUCUAGCUUCUGUUUUAUAAUGCUGCCUCUGAAGCUUUCCAUCAUCCUGUUGCCUUUACCCCCUCCCUCCUCUACAUCCUCUGCCCUGCCCGUUGACUUUUUAUGCUUGUACAUUCGUGCACACUUCCUUUUGUGCCUGUCAGAUCUAUUAUCAAAAGCGGGGGACAUUUUGACACCUAUUGAUUGGUGAAUGUUGCUGAGUCUUUGUUAGGUAAAAAUCGAACUGUAAUUUGACUGUGCAAAAUAGCACUCUCCGCAGUAUCAGCUCUCUGUGCGCUGUAAUGUAAAGGCUCAUUACUCCUGGCCAAUCUGCAGCGUAUGACAGAUUACCGUCCAGACAAGCAUAUGCACUUUCCUACCUUGACCCACUCAACCAUAGCUUUCGUUCACAAUAUACCGCUGCAAGUCCGUCUGUAUCAGCAGUUUGUUUUAAUGUGAUUGAUUCUGUUGCCUUAAAUUCAAAAAAUUGAACGCAAGUCACCCAGGAUAUGUGGGACAUGUUUGAAAACAACAUGACUUUACUACUGUAGCACUGCACUAAGAUGCACUGAGAGUUGUAUACCUACCCAAGGGAAAUGUUGAUGUGUCAACAUUCCUAUUGAAAUAACUGCAGCAGCUCAUUCUUUAUUCUAGUGUAACAACAGACAGGAGUCUUGACUGUCUGAUGUUUCCUCUUGUUUUUAUUUGUCUAUUUUUGUCUUAAAUCUAUAAAUAAACAGCCUGUUUCUUAGA